UCCACAUUUGUUUUCCUACUUAUCUUGUCCCCAGUCCCCAGAUGCAAGGGAAAUCCCUGUGUGUUAUACAUAGAUAGAUCGAUCGAUAGAUAAGCAGGCAAACAGGCAGGCAGACAGACAGGCGAAUAGAUAAAUAGAAAUACAUAUAGCCAUACAUACAUGGACGUAUUUAACAGAAUAUGAAAUACGUCACCACCAGUUAAAUGACGGUACACGAUGAGUCUUCAACGUAGCAUCAUAAUCCAUAAGACAAGGAAAAUUUUAACAAGUGGGCGUGACAAGAUGGCAGCGGCUCAGCUCGCGCGCCAUGAUAGUCAUCUAUAAGUGGAAGGCGGGCGUCUAUGUCUGGCCGAGGUAAACAAACCGGAGCGCCAGUAAGGGAGGCAGCCAGCAUGAGCCAAGCUAACCACGAGGUCGCCAAGGAGAAGGAGGAGGUGAAGCCCAGCGAUGGCUCUAAGAGAAUCAAGCUGGACAUCCCCAAAGAAAAGCGCGAAGAAUCCCCUGAACGCUCCUCUCCCCUGUUCCACAAGGAGAAGCGCACAUCUUGGUGGUUGGUCAGUGAAGGAAGCUUGUUUGGGGUGGGUAACCCCCUGCUGGACAUUGCCGUGAACACAGACAGCGAGUACCUCAAGAAGUAUGAGCUGGAGCCCAACAAUGCCAUCCUGGCGGAGAAGAAGCACGAGCCCAUGUACAAGGAGAUGGCUGGCAUGGCGGGGGUGGAGUACCUCGCUGGGGGAGCAACACAGAACUCCAUGAGGGUGGCACAAUGGAUCCUGAGAAAGAAGCACUGUGCCACCUUCAUGGGCUCAGUAGGGAAGGACAGCUUCAGCAAGACCCUGGAGGAGAAGGCAGAGGAGGCAGGUGUGAAGGUCAGGUAUCAAAAGCAGGAUGACCACCCCACAGGAACUUGUGCCGUCGUUAUCACAAAGAACGGAGCAUGCAGGUCGCUUGUAGCUAACCUUGCGGCUGCCAAUCACUUUUCCAAGUCCCAUUUGGACGUCCCAGAGAACAAAGCCUUACUGGAAAAGGCCAAAUUUUAUUACAUCUCAGGGUUCUUCCUCACUGUGUCCCCGGAGACCAUCCAGACCAUUGGGAAACACGCCUGUGAGCAUAACAAGGUGUUCAGCAUGAACUUAUCGGCACCCUUCCUAUGUGAGCACUUCAAGAAGCCCAUGAUGGCUGCAUUCCCCUACAUUGACAUUCUCUUCAGCAAUGAGACUGAAGCAGCCAAAUUCUCUGAAGUGCAAGGCUUCGGCCUGACUGACAUUCGGGAGAUUGCCCUCAAGACUGCAUCGCUGCCAAAGGAGAACGAGAAGCGAAGUCGUAUUGUUGUGUUCACCCAGGGAGCUGACAAUGUUAUCCUGGCCAAGGAUGGAAAAGUGAAGGAGUUCCCAGUGGUCAGAUUGCCUGAAGAAAAGCUCAUUGAUACUAAUGGAGCUGGUGAUGCCUUUGUGGGAGGGUUCCUGGCCCAGCUGGUGCAGGGCCGGGACGUGGCUGACUGCAUCAAGUGUGGGAUCUGGGCUGCCACAGAGAUCAUCCAGAGGUCUGGCUGCACCUUCCCUCCGGACCUUCGCUAUGAGGACUAGACACAUCCUCCCGCACACUACCUCUGGUGGCUGCAGUGCUCAGCCUCCUGCAGGGUGACUGAGGCUCAGAACUGAGUGUGACACAACUGUUUCACAAUGUUUCUAGUGAGAAGAUAUGCAAAUGGCAGCUAUAUGGAGGCUUGGCAUGAUGUCUUGGCUACUCCUCUCUUAUUUGGAGGGUCAUCCUGAUAUAAUCUUGGUAAUGAAAGGUGCACUGGUGUUCACUAGCUCUCUGCAAUCAUAUAAACAUUUGUAAAGAAAGAUGAAAACUUUGCACAAAAAAAAAACAAAAACAUGAAAACAAAUAUCUUUCACAAUAAGGAUAAGCAUAUAUCACAGCUAAGACAGUAAGGUUUGUAUGCUGUCUAUUUUCCAUUCUGCUUUUGCAUUAUUGUUUUUAUACAGAAGACACCCAACAUACUCCUGUUUUUAGCAUGGAGAGAAAGGAUAAAAUGACUGACUUCCUGAACACAUUUCUGCUAUAACCACUGCCUUUGGUAUAUGUAUUGUGAACUCUAUGUAUAAAACUAUGUACUAUAUAUAAUGAAGACUGCACUGAGGAAAUUGUGUUCAGGGGGGAGUUGUGAUGAGUGUUGGUUCUGGUCAUUACUCACAUCAUUCUUAUGGGAUCUGUUGAGGUAGAACUUGCAAAAAAAAAAAAAGGUUUGGCUGUAGAUCUUCAUUUAAACUAAUUUAUCAUCAUAAUAAACAAGAUGGAACAUAAAAAAUAGACCAAUAACCGGCCAAUCAGCCAGCGUAUUAAAUAGAAUGGAGUGAGAGUAAAAAAAAAUUGCAACUUUUGUUAACAUCAUCAGCUUUUGUAAGAGAAAGGUUGAAGAUAUGUUGUAAAUCUGUAAAUGGGUAGCUUGGUGUAGGUGAUGUAAAGUGAGAAGGCUGGCAUCCCGUAGGUGAGAGUCGCCACCAGCUUUGUGUCACUACUCAGGACUGACUGCAGCACCACUACCAUCUUGCCAAGACAUUUUCUAUUCUUCCUCUUCAUGGCUCUUUUGUAUAUCUUGCUGAUUUUAUGCAGCUUGUAACUUUGAUAUAACAGCAUCUCUAUACCGGAUGUUUUAUUUUUUUUUAUUUUUUUUUCUAUAUUCAUCAGAUUUUUGCCAAAUGUUAAAGCCAUUCUUGUUAUGCGCAAUAAAAAUUUUUCCAUUAAA